CUAUCCCAUCUCUUAUUGAUUAAUCAAGUACUUAUCAAUGGAUUAACCGCCCAAAGCCUCACCACAUCCUUUAAACCUAAGCACUGAAGCAGAUAAAAUCCUCUUAUCAUGUCCGACUCCAUCCCCUCCGCUCACGCUGACGCCGACGCCCACGCCCCCGAGCAUCAUCAGCUCCCCGCCAACGCCGAGGACCGCAAGGCCGCCGCCGCGCUCUCCGCCCUGCACAGCAACCAGAUCGCCUCCGACGCGAUUCCCAGGAUUCCGUCCGCGGCGGACCAAGAGGCCCUCGGCAAGGCGAUGAGUCGGUUGGAGAUUGCGGCGGGGCACGGCGCGGGCAGGAAACCGGUGGCCGAGGCGGAGGCGGAGGCGCAGAGGAAGGAGGCGGAGGUGAGUAGGAAGAGGGCUGUGAAGGUGGCAGCGGAGGAUGUUAAUCUUUUAGUGGAGGAAUUGGAUUUGUCCAAAGUCAAGGCGACGGAGCUGCUCAAGCUGCAUGAUGGGAAUGCGGUCCAGGCGAUCAGGGCCUUUGUUACCCCGGCUCUCGGGGCGUGAUCUCCCACUCUGUAGCCGGUAAUGGUUGAGCUGGUCUCGAAUACCUACACGUUAAUCUGCAGUGUGUCAUAAUGAAUCAAAUUUUGAUGAACCAGG